GUGACCAGCAACAAACCACGAACUUCUCAGAAAGAAAAAGCAACGAAUCCACGACCGAAGGGGAAAUCAAGGUAGCGCCGAUCUCCCAGACUCCCGGCGAUUCCCAUGACCAGGAGCGGCGGCGGCAGCGGGAGGCAACAACCCGAGGCCGCUUCUGCGGCCAUGCCCGUUCCGGGGCCCUGCGCCUCGACCCAUCGGGCGCUUGCCGAGUGCCACCGCCGGGCCUCCCGCGGCCCGCUGCAGCCGGAGGUGCUGUGCCGGCACCUCAACCGGGCCCUGGCCGAGUGCGUGGUGACCAUGUGCUGCCCCGACCAGACCGAGGCCGUGCGCACGCUCUGCGGGAGCUCCGGCACCGCGCUCAAGCGCACCCAGUGCGAGCGGGCGCGCAUCGACCUCUCCCUCUGCCUCGAGGCCCAUCAGGAGACAUGACCUGCACAAACUCCACAACCAAUGUGCUUCGUCUGGAGCGAAAGCCCGUUUCAAGUAGGAGUGUGCACACGGUGCCUCUGUCUCAAUACCACUGUGAACUGGUAUGAAGGGGCAGGGUUUAUCGAAGGCGGGAAAAGAGGUUUUAGUUAAAUCAGUUCUGCAGGCAAUCCCUACCUAUUCGAUGGGCUGUUUUCAGUUGACAGAAGGGCAGUGUGGCAAGCUGACAUCGAUCUCCUCAAGGUUUUGGCGGGGUGACGGUACUGACAAGAGAAAGGAUCUUUGGAUUAGCUGGGAGCGUAUAUGCUCCGCUAAGCGCAGUGGAGGAUUGGGAUUCUGUGAUUUCCAGGAUUUUAAUCAAGCUCUUCUUGCCAGGCAAGCGUGGAGACUGACCACAUCCACGGAAUCCUUGUGGAGUCCUUCGCGGGAGAUAUUUGCCAGAGCGUGAUUUUAUGAAUGCCAAAUGUCUAAAAAGAGCGUCAUACACUUGGAAAAGUAUUUUGCAUGGAAGGGAUUUACUCAAGGAGGGCCUGGUGUGGAGAGUAGGAGAUGGUGAGAAGAUUGAUGUGUGGAAUCACAACUGGAUUCCUAGAUCGUCUCUACAGAGGCCGAUGGGGCAUAGGCCGGAUGCAGAAGUGGAGAAAGUGAAGCAUUUAUUGCUGCCUGGAGGUGCUGGGUGGGACAUUAGCAAACUGAAUGAUAUGUUCUUUGAGGCAGAUGUCAGUGAUAUUCUGAAAAUACCAGUAGGUCUGGCUGGAACUAAUGGCUAUGUUGCUUGAAAUUACACCAAAACUGGGCAAUUCAGUGUCUGUUUGGCGUAUCACCUCAAACAACACCUCAAGUGUAUGGCAGCAGGACGGCCGUGGUCUUCUUUGAACUGUACUGAACACCAAGGGUGGCUCUCUCUUUGGGCUGCCAAUGUACCUAGCAAGGUUAAAGUUCACUGUUGGAGGCUGGCCAAGAACGGGUUAGCUGUUGGAGAGGAGCUGCGGAGAAGGAAUAUAAAACAGGGGGCGCGAUCUAUAGCAUGCAACAGGGAAGAACUGAUCUUCCAUAGGUUUUGGUCCUGCCCACACUCUUCUCGGAUCUGGGAGCUGCUUCGUGAGCGGACAUCGCUGUCCCUGGUUUCGCCAUGGAAUGACUGCAGAUCGCAGGUGAGCUCCAAAGCUGGCUGCUGGGAUGCUUUGCGUCACUGAAAGAGAAGGAGCUGGGAGUGGUCAUGAUGGCCAUCUACCACCUUUGGCUCGCAAGAAAUGAUGCCCCCGACGAACCAAUGUUUUAGGACCCUGACAGAACAUCGCCACGUGUUCUGGCUUUGUUGGAGGAGUGGCGUUCUCUGAAAACUCCUUCCUCUCGCCAGGAACCAAAGGAAGUGGAGCACUGGCUCCCGCCUGUCGCCUGACACUGGCUCGACACUGAAGAAGGCCACGGAGGUGGAGGUGUAAUCAUCAGAUAUCACCAUGGGGCACCUCUUGCUGGGCUUGUAAUUUUUUCCCUCGGGUGAUGGAUCCUGAGAGAGCUGAACUGCUAGCCUGCUGUCGCGAAGAAGAUGGGAGUUAGGAAGAUUAUCUCAGAGACAUAUUGUGCAGGUAUUGUGGGCAAGCUAAGACAUGGAUCGGCUCAAGCCAUGGCCCUUUGGUCGAAGAAAUCAAGGCGCUGCUAAGAGAGUUUGAGGCUUCUUCGGUUAAUCAUGUGCGUUCGUGACACACAAGUUUGCGAAAGUAGGCUGCAUGAAUAAAUUAUGUAAUAGCUGGGUAGAGUCGUUUCCAGACUAUGUUAUGAACUUGUUGGCUCUUCAUAUGGGCGAGUAAUAAAGAUGCAGCCAUUUGAUCACCAAAAAAAAUACAACUGAACUCUGAUUCUCAAAUUAAGAAGUCUGGGUCGUAUCCCGAGCAAAUAGAAGCAACAUAGUCACUAAAACUGAAGUAGUCUCGUCACUAAAAUGACGCGCGCAACUUCAUUGGUUUGAGCAAAGGCUUUGUUUCUUCUGCAGAAGUUCUGAAGGUAAUUUUGAUACGAAGACGUGCACAUGUUUCUGAUCUGU